AUGCAAGCAUAUAUACAUAUAUCCACAUACAUCAACAUACAUUUCAUAUAUACCCACAUACAUCCACAUACACCCAUAUAUAUAUAUAUAUAUCCACAUACAUCCACAUACACCCAUAUAUAUAUAUAUGUCCACAUACAUUCACACACAUCAACAUACAUCCAUAUAUAUUCACACACAUCAAUAAUACAUCCAUAUAUAUCCACAUACAUCCACACAUCACAUACAUCCGUACAUAUAUAUAUAUAUAUAUCAACAUACAUUCCACAUAUAUCCACAUACAAGUUCAUAUACAAACAUACAAAUGAUACAUUCGACAUACCACCUCAUAAUUUAAAUUGA